AUGUUUGUAAGUUCUAAGAGAAGAAUAAUUUUUGUAUUAUUUAUUUCUUUCUUUGUACAAAAUGCAAAUUCAAAUAAAUCUACUAAUGUUUCUAAUAUCGUGACAAAUAAUAUUGCUACAAAUUUAGUAUCUAGUUUGGCUACCCCUUUACCUACAAGUGUGUCUAGCCAUAUGCUUUCGAAUUUGAUGGUGGCACAACAAAAUAAUGGUGCACAUAUAGAUACACAUAAAACGAUAUCAACAAAUAUGCAUACUUGUGAAGCUGCUGGGUGUUCAUCUUAUAAAGACAUUAUUAAAAAUAAUUCGUCAUCUCAAACAAAUAAUGGUCAUCAAAGUAAUGAUGAUGAUUGUCUGAAAGGUUUUAUUUGUAAAAAGUGUAAGAAGACACAUUCAAAAAGUCCAAAUAUUUGUUUUUAUUCUUCUCUAGAUACUUAUGAAAAUUUAUAUGAAGGACUUUUAGAAGAUUUUAAACAGACAUCUUAUGACAGCUUCAAAAUUCCUUUAGAUAAAUCAAGCAAAAAUAUAAAGAGCAAACAAAAACAUAAAAAUGACAACACAAGUGAAGAUGAUCAUGAUGAUGAUAGUAAGGACAAAAAGAAGGAAGAUAAAAACGAUGAUAGUAAAGAUGAUGAUAAUAAAGAUGAUGAUAAUAAAGAUGAUGAUAAUAAAGAUGGUGAUAAUAAAGAUGAUGAAGAAAGCAAUAAAAGAUCUACAAAAGAAAAUAAUUUAAAAAAAAAAAAAAAAAAAUCGGAUGAAGAUAAUGAAGAAACAGAAGAUAUUGAUGAUGAAGGGGAAGAAGAUGAUCAAAAUGAAGAAGAUGAUGAAGAUGAUAAUAAAAAAAAAAAAUAUAGUAAUAAAACAAAUAAUGAUACAGAUUCCUUUUUAGAAAAAUAUUCUAAUAUAUCUUUUCACACUUCUUUAACAGAUAAUAAAUUAACAUCUAAAGAUAGAAAAGAAAAAAAUAUGAAAAAAAAAAUGAAACAACGUAUAUAUAUAAAUAAUAAUAAAAAGAAUCCGUCUUGUCCACUGGAGCCACUUGAACCUUCAUUAAUUCAAUAUAACAUCAUAAACAUGAAAAGAAAUCAAAAUGAAAAUAUAAACCAAAAUGAAAAUAUAAAUAUAAAUGAAAAUAUAAACCAAAAUGAAAAUAUAAAUAUAAAUAAUAUGGUAGAUACAUAUACAUAUUCCUUCUUAAAUGAAGAAGAAAAAAUCCAAGAAAUGGUAAGCAAUAAAAAAAAAAAUGAAAAAAAAGAAGAAAAUGUUAUAUAUAGAAGAUUAAAAAUUAAUAUUAACAAAUAUGAAGAAUAUCUUAAAAAUAAAUUAAAUAAAUGUCAUAUAUCUGAGGAUGGUAUAGCUACAAUAUAUAUUAAAUUAAUAUUACAAAUUGUAAAGAAUAAAAAUGAAAUAUAUACAGAUCCUAGUAAACGAAGUAUACUAAAUAAUAAUAAUACUACUACUGAUAGUAGUAGUAAUAAUAAUAAUAAUAAUAAUAAAAAUAAUUAUAAUAAAGAAAAACAAAAAUCUACUGAUGAUGAUGGUGAUGAUGAUGAAGAUAAUGAAGAUAAUGAAAAUGAUGAAUAUAAUUCAUAUGGACAAAAAAAUAAACAUAAAAAUAACUUAUCAGAAGAUGAUUAUGAUAAUGAAAAUUAUAAUGAUGAAUAUGGAAACAAAAAUAAAGAUUCAAAUCAAUCAUAUAAUUAUAUGUCAUCAGAAAAUAAUAAAGAUUUUAAUAAAUAUGCUUAUAUACAACUAUUAAAUAAAAAACACCAAAAUAUUUAUAAUCCAUUAAAAAAAAAAUAUAUAUAUAAUCGAAAUAGAAAAAAUAAAAUAUUAUCAACACAUAUUCCACACACUACAGAAUACAAUUUUUUUGAAUAUUACAACGUAGAUGAACUAGAAGGUGAUUCAAUGGAAAAUUAUUAUAAAUCCAAACGUGGUUUUUUUAAAAAUAUAUUCAAAAAAGUAUUCAAAAGAAAAAAAGGAAAAGACAGUGAUGAAGCGGACGAUGAAUAUUCUAAUGACGAAGAGGAAGAACCACAGAAAAAAAAACAAAAAAAAAAAAAAUUAUUUUCCUUUUUUAAAAGAAAAAAUAAAAAGAAUAAAACUAAAAAUGAAGAAGCUCAUUCAUAUGAUGAAAGUAACCAACAAGAAGAUAAUGAAGAUAAUGAAGAUAAUUAUGAAAAUAAAAGUAAGAAACGUUAUCGUAAGGAUGACGAUGAAAAUGAAAAAGAAAAUGAAGACGAAGACGAAGAAGAUAAUAAUAAUAGUUAUAGUUAUAUUAGUAAUAAUAAAAAAAAUAAUAAAAAUGAUAAAAAAAAAAAAAAAAAGUCUAAUAAUAAGCAUAAAUUAAAAAUCAAAAAUUUCUUUACAAAAUUAAAACAAAAAAUCAUACCAAAAAAACAAAAAUUACAUAUAGAAGCUUUUUUUAAUAAUAUCAUUGUAAAAUCGUGUAAGAACUCUUUAAAAUGGGAAGGAAAAAUGUUUAAAAAACGUUCCUUAAUAGAAAUGACAUUAAAGGUACCUGUGAAAAUUAAAUAUAUAGAAGACGAGCCUUUGAAUUUUUUUCGAUCAGGUUAUGAAGUAAUAUUAACAUGUAAAAAUUGUGAGGAGAUAUUAUUUAAUUCGUGUGUUCAGGUAUAUUGCACUAAAACAAAAACAGAGAAUGAAGAAAAAAAAAAGCAUACACAAACAAACACAACUGCGACUACUCCAAGUUUUAAUACCAUGACUACUGCUACAAGUUUUGCUCCUUUACCUGCAUAUAAUUACAAACAAUUAUAUCCCUUAAAUUCUAAUUGGUCUCUUUCUGAUUAUUUCAGUUGUGAUACGCAUAUGUACAUAAAAUAUUUACUUGUAUUCUUACUCAUGAUAUUUAUUUCUAUAUAUUAA